GCCUCUCUCCUCCGCCCCCGCCGACCGCCGCGUGCUCUCUCCUCCGCCGCCGCCGUCGUCCGCCGCCGCCCGCCGCGUCACACACACAGAGGAAGCAAUCGGCUGCCCCCGCCUCCUCCCCCCAUCGGCUGCCUCUCUUCGCGACGGAGAGAAGAGGAUAGGACCCCGACUGCACGCAAACGCGAAACCCUAGGCUCGUCGCCGGCGGCGGCGGCGGCGGCGACCGGUGGGGAGAUGGCGGGGCGGCGGCCGCUCUUCGACCUCAACGUCGCCCACGAGGAUUGGGAUUGGGAGAAGGGGGAAGAGGCGGAGGCGGAGGAGGAGGAGCCCGAGGAGGUUGUUGAGGAGGGGAAGAAGGAGGUGGUAGUGCUCGAGGAGGAGGAGGAGGAGGAGGAGCCCCAUGAGGUGAUCAUGGAGGAGGAGGUGGUGGAGGAAGUGGUGGAGGAGGAGGCGGCGGUGGCGGAGGAGGUGGACGGGGAGGUGAGGAGGAAGAGGAAGGACUGCGAGGUUUUGGUGGGAGGGCUUCCCCGGGACGCGGCGGAGGAGGACGUGGCGCGGGCGCUCGCGGACGCCGGCGAUGUGGAGGAGGUGCGGCUCGUGCGGGAUCCGGCGGACCCGCGCUCCAACAAGGGCUUCGCCUUCGUGCGAUUCGCCGCCGCCUGGCAGGCGCGGUGGGCUGCCGACGACGUCCGCACGGCCAUGGUCAAGGGAGAAGCUUGUAUGAUAUGCAAGAAUGAUGCAAACGAGACCCUUCAUCUGCGGAAUAUAUGCUUUGAUUGGACAAAAGAUGAUUUAGCGGAGGAACUGAAAACUUACAAGUUGGAAAACCUUGAGGAUAUUAAUUUAGUCGAGGAUCCGGAAAGAAAAGGAAAAAACAGAGGCUAUGCGUUUCUUGAUUUCCGCACAAAUGUUGAUGGUGUGGAUGCUUUUUUUAAACUACAGAACAGAGAUAUUUAUCUUGGUACGGAUGUUCGAGCCCAAGUGUCCUUUUCAAAAACUCUUUCACUGGAUGAUAAGAUUAUGGAAAAGGUAAAAUCUGUUUUCUUGGAUGGCUUACCACCUCACUGGGAUGAAGACAAAGUGAGAGAAGUGUUUGGAAAGUUUGGUGAAAUCGAUAGUAUACACCUUGCUAGGAACAUGUUUAAAGCAAAACGAAAAGAUUUUGGUUUCAUUGGCUUUACUUCAAGACAAUCAGCUUUAGAUUGCAUUAGUACAGUUAGUAAAGGUGGUAUUGUUGAAGGUAGCGGAAAGGUUCGAAUCAAGGCUUCUUUACAAAGGCCCAGACCUACUUUGAAAAAACAUUCAUGGCAAGGGAUUACUCCCAUGUUGGGCAUCAGGAGGGGAUUUAUUGGAAAAAGUUAUGGUGAUAGAGAACACUAUGGUGAUAGGGAACGCUAUGAUGAUAGAGAACGUUACCAUAAUAGAGAACGUUAUGGUGAUAGGGGAUUUGGGUUUUCAGGUCAUGCAAGACGUGAUUACUCAAGCAAUCAUGUUCAUGACAAAUACCAUCGCCACAUGCAUCGUAUGGCAAUUGAUGUUGAAGAAAGGCCCGUUUCAUCACGAGAACACAGAUCUCAUUAUAGAAGAGAUUCUGCAGUAUCUGGCCACAUCCACAGGUAUGAGAGGGCAAGGCCCAGGGAAGCAUAUCUUGAUAGUCGAUAUACUAAUGAAUACCCAAGACAUAGGCACUCAAGGCAUGAAGAAUCCAUCCAGCGAGAUGCAUACAGGAGUAAAUAUGGACACUCCUACCUGGAGAGGUCACACAGAGAUUCUUGCCCAGAUUGUAAUCCAAGUGAUCAUAGUUCCAGUGCCUUCUAUAAGACAGACCAUGAGCCAACACCUUCAUCUUCCCAAGUAGCAUCCCACUGUGAGGAAUCGUUCAGUCAGGGCCGUAAGUUGAUGGCAUCAAGUUCCCCUGGGAUGUGUAAUUGUGGCGAAUGCUAUGUUGAACAAGAUGCAGCCCCCGCAAGCUCCCAAGUGGUGCCUCUUCGUCACCAGUUGGCCAAACCUUUUCAUGAGCGAAGUUCUGAGCCUGAUGACCACUCUGCUUCUGCCUAUGAAGCUGCGGAGUACAAAGAACGCAAGAGCAGGUAUCAUCCAUCUUCCAGAGAUGGCCCCAGUAAUACUCACCACAGGAAUUACCGUAGACAAGGAAGAUAGGUCCAAGUAAGCAAAGCUAAGCUUUCGACAAGAUAGAGAAGCUGCUCAUGGCAGUGCAGCUGCUGCUAGAGCUAUACUUAUUUAGUAGCGUCGAGUUACCAUUGGUGCAUUGGUGGUGCUCCCCCGAUGCAGAAUCCUCCCAAAAGGAUUUCUGGCUUUUGUGGGCGUUGCAAUUUUUUCCGGCCCUGUGGUUGCGCACAUUUUACCUUGGGAUGCCAUGUCAUGUGAUGUGACAUUGUAGUUCGUUUACCCCGGAUACAUACCGAUAGAAAUCCAAAGAAAGAGAUGUUAACUUGCAUGGUGGUGCGUUGCGUUGCAGCCUGGUGCGGUUCGUAUGAGUUUCAGUUUUA